GGCUAAACGGAGUUUAACGUCGGCAGCGAUGGCUUCGGCAAUGCCAUUGCAGAUUGAUAGAGCGAAAGAGAGAGAGAGAGAGUGAGUGAGAGAUGGGAUCAUUUGGAAUGCUAGCAAGAAGAGCUGUGCUAACAGAGACACCUGUUAUGGUACAGAUACAGGAGCUGAUCCGAGGUGUUAAAGAUUGUAUAUCUCUGGCUCAGGGCGUUGUAUACUGGCAACCACCCAAACAAGCAUUGGAUAAGACAAAAGAUCUUGUUUGGGAGCCUUCAAUCAGUCGUUAUGGUGCUGAUGAAGGCCUUCCUGAGCUCCGAGAGGCAUUGGUGAAGAAGCUGCAAGCAGAAAACAACUUACAUAAAUCCUCUGUGAUGGUUACUGCUGGUGCUAAUCAGGCCUUUGUGAAUCUUGUCCUCACGUUGUGCGAUUCUGGGGAUUCGGUUGUUAUGUUUGCACCAUACUACUUCAACGCAUACAUGUCGUUCCAGAUGACCGGUGUCACCGACAUUCUUGUGGGCCCCAGUCAUCCAGAAACUCUUCAUCCCGAUGCAGGCAAUCCUUCCGGUACCUACAUCCCGGAGCCUCUUCUCAAGCGGAUAUCAAGUCUAUGCAAAGAAGCGGGCUGCUGGCUUUUGGUUGACAAUACUUAUGAGUAUUUUAUGUAUGAUGGUCGGAAACAUGUUUGCGUCGAGGACGACCACGUUGCCAACAUAUUUUCCUUCUCUAAAGCCUAUGGGAUGAUGGGAUGGCGGGUUGGAUAUAUAGCAUACCCUUCAAAAGUGGAAGGACUAGCAGAGCAACUCCUCAAAGUCCAAGACAACAUACCGAUAUGCGCCUCCAUAAUCUCCCAGCGGCUGGCGCUCCACGCCCUCGAAGUGGGGCCCGCGUGGGUGACCGACCGGGUCAAAGACCUCGCGAAGAGCCGGGCUCUACUCACGGAAGCCCUGUCCCCUCUGGGCGGGGACGCGGUCAAAGGGGGGGAGGGCGCGAUCUACCUGUGGGCGAAGCUUCCGGAAGAACACGUCGACGACUUUGAGGUGGUCCGGUGGCUGGCGAGGAGGCACGGGGUGGUGCUGAUCCCGGGCAGCUCUAGCGGCUGCCCGGGUCACGUUCGGGUAUCGUUCGGGGGGCUGAAGGAGGACGAUUGUAGGGCCGCGUCGGAGCGGUUGAGGAAGGGGUUGGAAGAGCUGGUGAGUAGGGGAAUGGUUUCUUCUUGAUUUUCUUUGGCUCUUGGGGUUGUGUCAAAUUUGUCAUUGCUUUUGAGAGGCAAGUCAACAGUACCAAACCAUUUUUACAGCAUUUUAACAGCAAAAAAAUGAUAAAUAAAAUAGAUAGAAUAAAAGUAUUAUAUAAAAUAAGUGGUUGGUGGGGGGUGGGGUGGGGGGUGAAUGAAGUUGUAUACUUGUA